CUGCAGACAGCCAGUCAGACCAGCACUGUACAAACAGAUAGUGGUCUGCAGGAAGUUUUAGAUGAACAUAAGAUCAGUCUGAGGAGGAGAUGUGAACGUGUGACUGAAGGAAGUGAUGAAACAGGAAGUGGAACCCUCCUCAACAGGAUCUACACUGAGCUCUACAUCACAGAGAGACAGAGCGAAGAGAUUAAUACCCAACAUGAGGUUUGGCAGCUUGAGACAGCUUCCAAGAAGAAGACCCUCCAUGAAACUCUAAUCAAGUGCCACGACAUCUUUAAAGCCUUACCCGGCCAACAGAAACACAUCAGAGUCGUUCUGACGAAAUGCGUCGCUGGCGUUGGAAAAACCUUGAAAGUGCAGAAGUUCACUCUGGACUGGGCAGAGGGCUUGGAAAACCAAGACGUCAGUCUGCUGAUUCUGCUUUCGUUCAGGGAGCUGAACUUGAUCAGAGAUGAGCGGUACAGUCUUCUCCAGCUGCUCCAUGUUUUCCAUCCAACAUUACAGAAGGUCACAGCAGAGAAGCUCGCUGUCUGUAAACUUCUGUUCAUCUUUGACGGCCUGGAUGAAAGCAGACUUUCACUGGAUUUCCACAACAAUGAGGUCGUGUCUGAUGUCACACAGAAGUCAUCAGUCAAUGUGCUGCUGACAAACCUCAUCGAGGGGAAUCUGCUUCCCUCGGCUCUCGUCUGGAUCACUUCCCGACCUGCAGCAGCCAAUCAGAUCCCUCCUUCAUGUGUUGGCAGGGUAACAGAAGUACGAGGCUUCACUGACGCCCAGAAGGAGGAGUACUUCAGGAGGAGAGUCAGUGAUGAAGAGCUGUCCAGCAGAAUCAUCUCCCACAUCAAGACAUCCAGGAGCCUCCACAUCAUGUGUCUGAUCCCAGUCUUCUGCUGGAUCACUGCUACAGUUCUGGAGCACAUGUUGACUACAGACCAGAGAGGAGAGCUGCCCAAGACCCUGACUGACCUGUACUCACACUUCCUGCUGGUUCAGACAAAGAGGAAGAAGCAGAAGUAUGAUGACGGACAUGAGACGAGUCCACAGGAGCUGACGGAGGAACAGCUGGAGAAAGGAAACAUCAUGUUCUACCAAGAAGACCUGGAACAGUGUGGUCUGGAUGUCUCAGAGGCCUCGGUGUACUCAGGAGUUUGUACAGAGAUCUUCAGAAGAGAGAGUGUGAUCUUCCAGAAAACAGUCUACUGCUUUGUUCAUCUGAGCGUUCAGGAGUUUCUGGCUGCCGUCUACAUGUUCCACUGUUACACAAACAGUAACACAGAGGUACUGGAGGACUUCCUGGGGAGAAAAUACAUUGAUUCAACUGUGGAUGUCUUGAUGGGAGCAAUGAUGAAGUCCCUUGAAAGUGAAAAUGGCCACCUGGACCUGUUUGUCCGCUUCCUUCAUGGCCUCUCUCUGGAGUCCAACCAGAGACUCUUAGGAGGCCUGCUGGGUCAGACAGACAACAGUCCUGAAAUCAUCCAGAGAGCCAUCAACAACCUGAAGAAGAUUAACAGUAUUGAGAUCUCUCCUGACAGAAGCAUCAACAUCUUCCACUGUCUGACGGAGAUGAACGACCACUCAGUACAUCAGGAGAUCCAAGAGUUCCUGAAGUCAGAGAACAGAUCAGAGAAGGAACUCUCUGAGAUCCACUGCUCAGCUCUGGCCUACAUGCUGCAGAUGUCAGAGGAGGUUCUGGAUGAGUUGGACCUGCAGAAGUACAACACAUCAGCAGAGGGACGACGAAGACUGAUUCCAGCUGUGAGGAACUGCAGAAAGGCUGUACUUUCUGACUGUGGACUCUCAGAGACUCACUGUGAAGUUGUGGCCUCAGCUCUGAAGUCCAACCCCUCCCAUCUGAGAGAGCUGGACCUGAGUUACAUACACCUGCAGGAUUCAGGAGUGACGCUGCUGUCUGCUGGACUGAAGAGUCCACACUGUAGACUGGAGACUCUAAGAUGGAGGUUCUGCAGUUUGUCAGAGACCAGCUGUGUUUCUCUGGCCUCAGCUCUGGAGUCCAACCCCUCCCAUCUGAGAGAGCUGGACCUGAGCUACAACGAGCUGCAGGAUUCAGGAGUGAAGCUGCUGUGUGGUUUUCUGGAGAGUCCACACUGCAGACUGGAGACUCUGAGGUUGAGGCGCUGCAGUUUGUCAGAGAUCAGCUGUGCUUCUCUGGCCUCAGCUCUGAAGUCCAACACCUCCCAUCUGAGAAAUGUGCAGCUGAGUGUCAAUAAACUGCAGGAUUCAGGAGCGAAGCUGCUGUCUGCUGGACUGGAGAGUCCACAGUGUAGACUGGAGACUCUGAGGCUGAGCACUGACUUCACAUUUUUAGUAACCAACUGGCAUCAGUGGCUCAUCCAUCAGCUUCUUGGCUACCAGUUGACCAGUGACAUCCAAUCAUAUUCAUACAGGUGGGUGGAUGAGUAAAUAGGGCUCCGCCUGACAGACAUGAAGGACUUAAGUAAAAGCCCACUGGAAUAUCUGUAACGCCAGUUGUGUCAUAUUUGCUACAUGAGUUUCUGAGACCUCUACGUCAUCAACAUGAUCAAUAUCUUAGAAAAGGUUUCAGUCGUAGUCAUCUGGACGCUGUUUUCCGAAUCAAGACGUUUCGGUUCCCAUCCGGAAGUCAUUCUCAAUUGUGAAAAAUGGACCGGGAACUCAGAAAUUUAAGCUACUCUG